UGUGCAAUCUACUGCAAAAUCAUUCGCGUGUAAUGUUUCAAUCCCCCAGACAGCAGGACAAAGGUGGCGGAAACAUCUUGUUAAGGAAUUUCUACCACAAAAAGACUUUUGUGCCGAAAUGUUUGCGGACUGCGUAAUCACAAUAAUAAUAUUACACUUCGAUGUCGUCAAUGUCGUGUAUAUAUCAAUGCCAGGUGAAGGAAACAAAGGUGUUUUCUGCAGAUAAGUAUGGGCAAUAUUUAGGUGCCGGCAGUUUUUUAUAUGUUGUGUAGGCUGUUUGAGUGGGCGGGGACACCUUUACAGGUUUAAGAUAUUGCGCUGGCAAACCAUCAAAAGACAGAUUUCUGCGUUCGUUUUAAAAUAUUUGCUGAAUAAAUUAUGCGUUUUAUUAAACCACUGCCGUGCACGACGCCCGAAGGAAGGCUACGUUUAUACAGGUGUGUUACCUGUAGCUUCCCUUGGUAAAGGGGCCGGGUUUAGACGGGCGGCUUUGGACUCUUUCCGGAACAGCACGCCGACCGGUUUAUCAAUCAUAUUGAUCUCUUUUUUUACGAAACCGAAAAUAUCAGAAGAUAAAGGAAGGUCGAGUGACUUGGCUAUGGGCACGGCUCAUUGGGAAUUCCUGAUUCAUGGUGUCUAUGUGGGCACCAGCGUGACUUUCCUAAUAGUCAAGGCUAAAAAAAAAAAAAAAAAAAAAAAAAACAAACAAUGCGAUAGAGACGUUUGCCAUAGCUGCCCACCCCUUCCGAUCGCGCUCGGUGCGUCCUUUUUAUUGCAGUUUAAUAGAUUGACGGUCCGGGGUCGGCUUUUGAUACGGCGCCGAUGCGCUGCCGGAGACGGCGUGCGGGACUCCGGCGGCCGGCCUGCGCUCCUGACGGCUUGCAGUGAACGGCGGCGAUGGCCGUGGAGCGACUGGAGAUGGGGGACCGGCAACCGGAAAACGGCUUCGUGUCGUGCGAAGCCGCAUCCCCGGGGUUUCUGUCCAGCGUCGACAACAAAGUGCUGCCUAAUGUCGGCGGAUUUGGGAAAUACCAGAAACAGCUGGUCGCCCUGACGUGGAUCCCGGCUCUGUUCAUCGGAUUCAGCCAAUACUCCGAUUAUUUUCUUUUAGCCCAGCCGAAUAAUAUCACAUGCCUGGAUCCGCCUGCCAACGCCAGCAAUUUAACUGGGGGUCCUGCGCUAUUUGACUCGAACAGCAGCCUGCUUUCACGGCAUAGUUUUGCCAAUGGCACCCUCCAGGAUGACGGCAGUUUUCUGUGUGAGUGCAAGAACCGUGAAUAUAAGCUGGAAACGGGACUCGAAAAAAAUGUGGUCACUAAGUUUGAUCUGGUGUGUGAUAAGGCACCGGCGGUCCACAUCGCUAAGUUCUCCCUGCUGGUGGGAUCCAUUUUCGGAUACUUGGUUAUGGGAGUCCUUGCUGAUUGGUUUGGCCGGCACCCUGUCCUUGUCAUCUCCGUGCUCUUCAUGCUGGUCUUCGGUCUCCCCGUGGCUUUCUCGGUGGACGUGACCAUGUUCAGCACUCUCCGGUUCUUCGAGGGAUUCUGCCUGGCUGGGAUCACUCUCUCCCUCUAUGUGCUCAGAAUCGAGCUUUGCCUCCCCCGCUACCGCUUCUCCGUCACCAUGGUGGCCAGUUUCAUCGUGCUGGCCGGUCAGCUCCUGAUGCCAGGCCUGGCUGCCCUGUGCAAGGAGUGGCAGGCGCUGCAGGUGCUCAUCGUCUGCCCCCUCGUCCUCAUGCUCUUGUACACCUGGCUCUUCCAGGAGUCCCUACGGUGGCUCCUGGCCACUAAGCAGUACAGCAAAAGCAAAGGCUUGAUGUCCCAGAUGGCCAAGAAGAACAAGGUGGAACUGGAGGAUCGCUACGUCGAUGUCCUGACAGAGUUGCACAGGGCUGUUCCGAACAAGCCCCAAAAGACGUGCAUCGUCAAGAUGGUCGGCACCAGGAACCUGUGGAAGAACAUCGUGGUCCUCUGCGUGAAUUCGCUGACGGGCUACGGAAUUCAUCACUGCUUUGCCCGCAGCAUGCGGGACCGAGAGUCCAAUGAGAUCCCGCUGUUCCAGAAUUUCUACGAGGAUUAUUACACGAUGGCUGGCAUCGCCACGGCGGCGUGCAUCGCUCUGUGCCCAGUGGUGGGCCUGUUGGGUCGCAGGGGGGGUCUACUCAUGUUCAUGAUCAUCACUGCCCUGGCGUCCUUGCUGCAGCUGGGCCUGCCCAACUUGCUUGGGAAAUACAGCGACCACCUAAAAAUAGAGCGGUCGGACACCCUGAACAGGAACUUCUCCAUCGCCUUCUCCGUCAUCGGCAUGUUCUCCUCCCACGCCGUCAGCAACCUCAGCAUCUUCUUCUGUGCCGAGGUCACGCCAACAGCCAUCAGGGGCGGUGGCCUUGGCCUGGUCCUGGCCAGUGCCGGCUUCGGCAUGCUGACGGCGCCCAUCAUGGAGCUGCACAACCAGAAGGGCUACUUCCUGCACCACAUCAUCUUCGCCUGCUGCACCCUCAUCUGCAUCAUCUGCAUCCUGCUGCUGCCGGAGACGCGCAAGCAGCCGCUGCCCGAGGCCAUCGCCGAUGGGGAGAACUAUGCCCGGCAGCCCCUGCUCCCUCCCAGGAGAGCUGGGGAGCAGCGCCACCUCCUGUCCCGCUCCCAAUCCAGGGAGUACACCCCCCUCCAACAGAUGAAGACCCCUGCCGCCCCCGGGCCGACCUCUGCUGAUGACUUCGCUGAGGAUACCGACACUCCCCCCCCCACGGACUCUGCUGCGGCCCUGGCCGUGAACUCCACCGGGCCCUCUGCCACAGACCCCCCCGCCACUGACUCCGCUGCUCCCCUGGAUACGCUGGACUUCCCUGCCCCCCCCACCACAGACCCCCCCGCCACAGACCCCCCCACCACAGACCCUACCACUGACCUCGUCAUAGCGUCCACAGAGUGUUCUUCCCCCUUGGCCACAGACGCCGUCCCCCCUACCACAGACUCUGCCUCCUGUCUUGCCACGGAGUCCCCCGCCACCCCUACCAGAGGCCCAAUUCAACCCCCUCCCACAGAUUUCACUGCCCCUGUGCUAGCAGACGCUACUCUUACCCCCAAAACCGAUUUGCUUCUGUCCAUUGCAGACACAAAGACCGCUCCUGCUACAGAAUCCAUCAGCCCCAGUGAUACAACUUCCUGUCCCAUGGCAGAUCUCGUAAUGUCCCCUAAUGUGCGCCCCCCAAGUCCCCUCCCUCCCUCAGACUGUGUUGCCCCCCCAGCUAAUGGUGCUGGUCCUUCUUCCCCUGCCAAAGAUUCUCCUGAUCCCCUCGUCUCAGACUCUAUUGCCCUUUCCAUCAAGGACCCUGCCACUUGCUCCCCUGCCAAAGAAUCUAUUACGUACCCCGACAAUGACUCUCCUUCUACCCCCCCAGGUAAUAACUCUUCUCCCGGGCCCUAUGCCACAGGCUGUACUGUAGCCCCAGCGAUAGACAUCAUUUCCCCCAGCAUUAUGGACUCCACUGAACCCCCUGUCAAGGACAUCGCUACCAAAGAGACUAGCACUGCCAAUGGAGUGAGGUCAUCGUGAUGAAACGCCCCACCCCCUGCGGGGCGGGGGGGGACAGGGGACGUCCUUUGCCGCUGGGAUGCUUCAGAGCUGCCGACGACCCGUGUCACAUGACAGAGAGUGAGGUAUCCAUCAGAAUGGUAGGGCGGGGUCUAAGUAAUAAAGAAAUUAUAA